AUGUCGGUGCGCAGCUCGGCAUCCCAGCUCUCUCGUCAAUUGGCGAGCCGCUCGAUUGCACGGUCAGCGAAUAACUCAAUACCUCCGUAUGGGAUCCAGAAAUCUUGCAUGGCCACUGUGGCCCCCUCGGCGACGCAGAAUUCAAUGGGACGUAAAGGCCCUACAGCAAUGGUUUUCAUGAACAUGGGUGGACCGUCUACAACAGAUGAGGUGGGAGACUUUCUGAGCAGAUUGUUUGCGGACGGCGAUCUGAUUCCCUUGGGACGGCUCCAAUCAUAUCUGGGACCCCUAAUAUCCGCCCGAAGAACCCCCAAGAUCCAGAGGCAAUACGCAGAGAUAGGAGGAGGCUCACCGAUUCGAAAGUGGUCCGAGUAUCAAUGUAGCGAAAUGUGCAAGAUUCUAGACAAAUUGUCACCCGAGACUGCGCCCCAUCGACCAUAUGUCGCCUUUCGAUAUGCGAAUCCCUUAACUGAACACAUGUACGAGCAACUUUUGAAGGAUGGGUUUGGAGGUGGCAAAGGUGGUCGAGCAGUGGCAUUCACACAAUAUCCACAAUACAGCUGUUCCACGACGGGGAGCUCUCUCAAUGAGUUAUGGAAAUGGCGAAACAGAUUGGAGGGCACGAGAGCGACAGGCGAACCACAACCACCAGGCACCAUCACUUGGAGUGUCAUUGAUCGUUGGCCCACACAUCCUGGCCUGGUCGAAGCAUUCGCGAGAAACAUCGAGACCAAACUGGCCGAAUACCCCGAAGAACGGAGGAAAGAUGUGGUGCUGCUAUUCUCAGCCCACAGCCUCCCGAUGAGUGUGGUGAAUAGAGGUGAUCCCUACCCUGCCGAAGUGGCUGCAACGGUCCAUGCCGUCAUGAAUCGACUGAAAUUCUCCAACCCAUACCGACUUUGCUGGCAAUCUCAAGUGGGACCUUCUGCAUGGUUAGGAGCACAGACAAGUGACACGGUCAAGGAGUAUGUGGCCCGAGGACAGACGGAUUUGAUUCUGGUGCCCAUUGCCUUCACGAGCGACCAUAUUGAAACUCUAUAUGAGUUGGACAAGGAGGUCCUACAUGAAGAUGCCAAAGGACACCCCGGAGUAAAACGAGCAGAAAGCCUGAAUGGGAAUCCCAUUUUCAUUGAGGCGCUGGCAAAUAUUGCCCAUGCACACCUGCAGAGCGGCGAAAGUUGUUCUAGGCAGAUGGGUUUGAGGUGUCAGGGAUGCAAGAGCGAGAGAUGUUUGGAGCAGAAGAAAUUCUUUGCCGGAGAACUCGCGAAUGUACUCCCAACUGUCAGAUAG